GUAGGGGGCUUAGCUGCUCCGCAGCAUGUGGGAUCUUCCCAGACCAGGGCUCGAACCCGUGUCCCCUGCACUGGCAGGUGGAUUCUUUAACCACUGCGCCACCAGGGAAGUCCCUCCAUAUACAUUUUUGUUUUCUAAUUAUGAACUAUUUCAAGUACACAAAAGUACAGAAGCUAAUGUUGGUUAACACCAACACACUUAAUCGCCCAGUGUUAAUUGAUAGUAAUAUUUAGGCAUCAUUGUUUCCGAAUUUAAGAGAUGAAAUACCACGAAUACAGCUGAAGUCCAACCACCCUAUGGCAUCCAUUGCUCCUCCUUCCUUCUCCGGGAGUAAGCACUGUCCUGAAGUUAGAAGGUAUCAUUCCUGACCAGAACAUGCUCAGUACUGACCUGGAUCAAAUAUAAUAUUCCACCACAGAGAACUAAAUCUCUUUGUUUUAUUUCUAAAGAGAACUUCAUGAGCUCUUAGGGCUAUUCUAGGUAAAUAUGUUUUUUUUACCACUGGUUCUCCAUAAGGUAUCUAUGUAUAUUUCCAGACUAGAAGGAUGAGAUUAUUAUGAUGAAAUUUAUAAUGAGUAAACGCUAAGAAAAAUCUUAGAUUUCAGGCUCCUGUUAAUGUAACUGUUUCCUACCUCAAGUGCCAACUACAGCAAAGAAAAAUAAGGUUGUUUCUUUACCCUCCUCACAAAAUAUUUAUUAAAGUCCCCUAUGUACAGUCUUAAACAAACAAACAAACAAACAAAACUUGCUCUUCAAGGAGUACUCGUUGCGUUAGCAGCUUCAACAUUAGACCCAGCUCCAGACCUAUGGAAUCUUGAGUCUUCAUUUUAGCAGGAGCCCUGGGAAAUAUGUAUGUGCAUUAAAGUCUGAGAAGGGUUGCCUUAAAGAAUUCAGAAAGGUGACAACCUAGACCGAGGCAGAACCAAAUCCAACCACCAUUCUGCCAAACCUGUCCUCUUCCUGUCAUACAACACAGCUUUCAGAUGUUAUCUUGGCAAAGUCCACGCAUAAGUAGACCAGUGGUUGUCAACCAGGGGCAAUCGGGCCUCCCAGAGGACGUUUUGUUCCCAACUUAGGGAGAUGAUACUAUUGGCCCCUAAUAGAUAGAAGCCAAGAAUGCUGCUAAAUAUCCUACAAUGCAGAGGACAGUCCUCACGACAAAUAAUUCUCUAACCUAGAAUGUCAAUGGUACAAAGGUUUAAAAACAAAAAAAAAAAACAGAAAACAAAAAAAGCCUGCCUAUGAUUUCCUAGCUAAAAUGGUCAACUGUUAACUUCAGUCAUUUAAAUGAGCUGAUUUUAGCAACCAAACCCAUAAAGGGGGGAAAAAAAGAAAAGAAAAGAAAGAAACCAAUAACUAAAAACACUUCAUAUGCAAUCCUCUCCAGUAAAGGGUUUACAAGGCUCCCACCAGGGUUUACAUCACAUCAGUAAUCAUCAAUAGUGACAACCAAAACGAAGUCCAGUAAAGUAACAACAAAAGCGCAUGUUGAAAUAUUUCACAAUUAUACAAACUGUAUUUAAAAAGCAAGUGCACUGCUACCACACAUACUUCUUCAAUAAAAACAUCCUGGCGUUUAUUUAACUUAAUUAAAUCUUCGUUUUUCUCCCACGAUACAGGAUCGUUAGCGAAGAAGCAUCCUGGCCACUUCAAGAUGACAAGCGCUCACUAGGCUAAAUUACUUCAUUGAAAGGAAACCUCAUAUCAGACAAACAUUUUAAAACGCCUCGCCUUCAGAAGUUACCAAACGAUGAAUGCCACCACUGGCCCACCUGCGCAGGGGUCGUGCCCCCGGAACACCCUCAUAACCCAGCAAAUCAUCCCCGUGCUGUACUCUGUGGUCUUUGUGGCCGGGAUCCUGCUCAACGGCGUGUCCGGGUGGAUAUUCCUCUACGUGCCCAGCUCCAAGAGUUUCAUCGUCUAUCUCAAAAACAUUGUUGUCAGUGACUUCCUGAUGAGCCUGACUUUUCCUUUUAAGAUCCUGGGAGACUCGGGCCUCGGCCCCUGGCAGCUGAAUGUGUUUGUGUGCAGGGUGUCGGCCGUGCUCUUCUAUGUCAACAUGUAUGUCAGCAUCGUGUUCUUCGGGCUCAUCGGCUUUGACAGAUAUUAUAAAAUCGUGAAGCCUCUUUUGACUUCGUUCAUCCAGUCCGUGAACCACAGCAAACUCCUGUCGGUGCUGGUGUGGAGCCUCACACUGCUGCUUGCCAUUCCCAACAUGAUCCUGACCAACCGGAGCGUCAAGAAGGCCACACGCAUUAAAUGCAUGGACCUAAAGAAUGAACUGGGCCUCAAGUGGCACAAAGCCUCCAACUACAUCUUUGUAGCCAUCUUCUGGAUUGUGUUUCUUUCCUUAGUCAUUUUCUACACUGCUAUCACGAGGAAAAUCUUUAAGUCCCACCAUAAGUCCAGAAAGAAUUCCAUCUCGGUCAAGAGGAAAUCUAGCCGCAAUAUAUUCAGCAUCAUGUUCGUGUUUUUUGUCUGUUUUGUACCUUACCAUGUUGCCAGAAUCCCCUACACUCAGAGCCAAACAGAAACCCAUUACAGCUGCCAGUCAAAAGAAAUCCUGCUCUAUGUGAAAGAAUUCUCUCUGCUCUUGUCAGCUGCAAACGUAUGCCUGGACCCCAUUAUUUAUUUCUUUCUAUGCCAUCCAUUUAGAGAAAUCUUAUGUAAGAAAUUGCAUAUCCCAUUAAAAGCUCAGCAUGACUCAGAAACUUCCAAAACCAAAAGGGGAAAUAUAACACAAGAAAGCACAGAUACUUUGUGAAUUCCCACCUCCUUUCUAAUAAAGUCUGUGCAUGCAUAUUCUAAUCUUCAAUUACAUAAUAAAGGAAAAUGAAUAAGAAGCAUGUCCACGAUAAUAAGUAUCAUCUCUAGGCAUUACUAUUCAAUUUAGUACAAUAAUAAAACUAAAAUGUAAGUUUCCAUGCUUGUUUCUGUACCAUCAAAGAAAAAAUAAUACACUAUUUAAUCUUAUCCCAUCAAAGUAGAAGGUUUAAAUUUAUAAUCAAUAGUCUGGUCAGUUAAUAUAGCACGUUAAAUAGCAAUAAGGAAAACAGGAAGCGAUCAAGACAAUUCACAGGGGCAUCUUCCUUCUUCUAAACACAAGAAUGAAGUGGGCAUAUUAUGCAAUUUUUUUCAACAGGGUCAUUAAAGACCAACUUAAAAGCAGACACAGUCUGAUAAAGGAUUAGAGGCCUGUUUGUAGUGAAAAAGUCAAGUCUUCUCUGAUUUGAAGAAGCAGGAUAAGCAGACACCCAAAAAAUUACUUAAGAAAUCCCCCACUGAUUUAUUUCAUGGCAUUUCAAACGAAAGCAGAUAUAAACUCUGUACAUUGCAGCAAAAAAUGUAAUUUUUCUCUGAUAGCAUUUUGAGGAUGAUAUAAGAUACAUCUUAAAUAUGUUUUAUAUGAAGAUUAGCUAAGCCACUUAAGGAGCCUAGUGUUCUGGUGCUCAGAAGAUGUUUUAAGUAAACUCUACAGAGGGAAUCUAGAUAGUGGCAUAAGUUGCCAGAAACUUCCCCUGUUCAAUGGUAUGGGAAAAAAAUCUAGGAUGUCUGGGAAAAGACAUAUGCACACAAAUACCCCCAGCUGGCAACACACUUUAUUCCCUAGGAGCAGAGAAAAGCAGUUUUCUUAGAAAGCAACUGGACUUGAUAAAAAGAAAAUCUAAAAUUUACAAUAAUGCGUGAGAAAUUACACAUAAAAUGAAAAUUUACACAUCAUAUUUUCUGAAAAACAAAUUUCAUAUGUGCAGAUACAGGAUAUGGUUGCUGGCUUGUGAGUUAUCAAAGCUCAGUUCUUUCUCUGCUAUUAACUGGCUGGAAGACAUUUCACCCAUCUUUCAAAUGCUCUUCUCAAACAUUUUUGUAAGUCAUGUUUUCAUAUAUAUAUAUGUAUGCAUU